AUGCUGCUGAGCCGGCUCACCUCCACUCCCUUCUCCGUGGACAACAUCCUCAGGCUGGAGGGUGAGCAGAACGAUGCCAAGACUCCGUCACAGUGGGAGUUGCAUAGGAACCCAGAAAAGCCUCAGUACCUAACAAUGGACCUGGAAUCCGGAGGGCCAGAGAGCGGCGACAGGGCACAAGCUGGAUCAGACCCUCUUCGGUUCCCCUGGGAGGCAGUCGUGGAAAUGGAGCCAGAGACUCCUCCGCGCGCGACCUCCCCGCUUGGAGCUGGGAACCCGAGGAUGGAGCGCGGCGCGGGCGACGGCGGUGGCGACAGCGUACACCGGGGCGGCCCGGAGCCGGCCAGGACGCGGCCGCGGCGGAAGCCCCGCGUGCUCUUCUCGCAGGCCCAGGUGCUGGCCCUGGAGCGCCGCUUCAAGCAGCAGCGGUACCUGUCUGCCCCUGAGCGUGAGCACCUGGCCAGCGCGCUGCAGCUCACGUCCACGCAGGUCAAGAUCUGGUUCCAAAACCGGCGCUACAAGUGCAAGAGGCAGCGCCAGGACCAGACCCUGGAACUGGCGGGCCACCCACUGACGCCGCGCCGGGUGGCAGUCCCCGUACUGGUGCUGGACGGCAAGCCCUGCCUGGGUCCUGACGCCCCCGCGUUCCCGGGUCCCUACGCGGCCACCGCGCCCCAUUCUUGCUUCGGCGGCUACUCGGGCACUCCCUAUAGUGCUAGCUACGCGGGCCGCUACACCGGCGCUGGCCCGGGGCCACUCACACCACUGGCCAGCUCUGGCUUCAGCCCAGGUGGCCCGAGUGCCGCCCCGCAGGGCCAUCUGCCCGCCACGCUACAGGGAGUCACGGCCUGGUGA